UGUCGACGACGACGUCGGCUUCUAGCGAGUACGUCGACGUUCUCGCGCACAUUUAGUCGUCAGUCGACAACUGAACUUCGUUGUCGUAACUUCUUGCCAUUGUUGUUGCUAAUUUUCGUUCAUAUCCUUUCGACUCGUGUCUCGUCAAUUUUUUCUCAAUUUCUUUUUCAAUUUUCUUUUCAUCAACGAGUUUCUCUGUUCGUCAAUAAUCAUCUCGUUAUGUUAUAAUAGAUGUUAUAGGGCAUGAUUGAUCAAUUCUUAAACGGUAUCGUAUAACGCGUAGUGAGAGUGUUAUCAAUUCACCUCUUUCAACGAGUAACUGUUCGUGGUGGUGGUGGUGAUGAUGAUGGUGGCACCGGUGACAGUAGACUUUCGAUAACUUGAGAGAUUAAUGAGAUCAUCUGGAGAAAUCGAUGUCACAUGGGAAUUCCAUCUUUUUCUCUCUUCGACAUUUAUUCAGAAUAUUAUUUCUUCAUGUAUAAUAGAAUAUAGUGAAUGUGGGAUUAUCCUAAGAGACGUUCAUUAAGUUCGAAGAAAAAGCUAGAGGAUAAAGAUUCUAUACAGAAAGUAGUCAUCGUCGAAGAGUAUCGCUCAAUGAUUGGUUUGCCUUGGGAAGAAAGAAGACAUGGGAGAUAUGAGGGGAUCCAAGAUAAUGAACGUUCGUGCGAAGAUCAAAGAUUUGAAAGAAAAGAGAACGUGGUGGAACAAAGGGAAAGGGAAAUUUUAAGAGUUAAGGGUUUGGAAAUGCCAGUACCACCACCGAUACCACCGGCGAUAGCUUCCAAUUGGAAGAACAAGUGGGAGUGUGAACACAAUUCAAAGGACAUCUGAUUGUUCAGUGACAGAAGCGCGAUCUUAGCAUGAUGACGCGCAAGGCAAAGUGGUCGCGCUUCGCGGAAUGCUUUUGUCGAAGACCUGGUAUAGUUUUACUCCUUCUUCCGUGUCUUGUCAUUGUGACAUUAUUUUUUGUUUCCGAAGAAAACAUCGUCUAUACGAAUUUCCAAUAUCCGUCCUACAGAUUCUACAACGAUACUAACGGUACGAUGGACGGUUUUCUCGUAUGGAAUUCGAAGUGUCAUAUGUUAUCGAUUGACGCAUUAGAUCCAUCGAUCGUAAAGUUUGUAAAAAGGGAAAAGUUCGAGGAAUGUUUUAAAGGAAACCUUUACACGCGAAUAUCAAAAGGGGAAAACGAUACCAUCAUCCUUCUCCUCGAUUCAAAAUUCAUGGCUGCUCAUAAAAAUAUGUUUUGUUGUUGGUCGCCUGUAAUUAGACCGAACUUUGAUAAUCCAAGAAAGCACAAAUUUGAUUCGACGAUAACAGUGAAACAAUGUGAAAGUUUGAAAACGCAAGCAACGAUACCAGACGACGUGGAAGUUGUUUUGGUGAAUUGUCAAAUUAAAUCGAAGAAGAAAAAGAAACAAACGAUAUAUGAAAACGUCCAUGCCAUUUUGAAUCCACGUAAGGUCUACGAUCGUUUGGAGAACGGGACGAAUAACAACGUGACAUAUGGUCUCCCGAGAAAACUCAGUAUUCUCGUUCUUGGUAUCGACAGUGUAAGCCGAUUAAACUUUCAAAGAAGUAUGCCAAAGACCGAAAAGUAUCUUCGUGAGACCGGUUGGAUCGGCUUGAAGGGAUACAACAAAAUGGGCGACAAUACUUUUCCAAACUUGAUGGCAAUUUUAACCGGUCAGAAUCAAGAACAGGCAUACUCGAGAUGUAAACCUUCGGAAGCUUAUAAACUCGAUCGUUGUCCUUUUCUCUGGUAUAAUUUCCGCAAUGCAGGAUACAUCACGGCAUACGGCGAGGACGAGACCAUUUUGAACACAUUUAACUAUCUAAAAGUAGGUUUCGUGCAACCACCAACGGACUAUUAUCUACGGCCUUACAUGCUGGCAAGCGAAAAGCUUCUUAAAUCUAAGAACAGAUUUAAUCUCAAGUAUUGCACUGGCCCUGAAACGAGCUUCGAUAGGAUCUUUAAUUACGCUAUGGAUUUUGCUCAAACGUUCGUGAACGUACCGUAUUUUGGAUUUUUUUGGACUAAUUCAAUAAGCCAUGAGAACGUGAAUGGACCAUCCUUAAUGGAUUCCCAAAUGUUUCGAAAAUUGCAAAUUCUCAAAGAGGAAGGGGUUCUUAACGACACGAUGAUCGUGUUUUUGAGUGAUCACGGCAUGCGUUGGGGUAACAUCAGAGAGACAUUCGUUGGUUGGUACGAGGAAAGAUUACCUUUCAUCUAUAUAUGGUUACCAGAUUGGUUCCGUAAUGAAAAUCCGGAUGCUUAUCAGGCUCUGAAAUUAAAUGAAAAUCGUCUGACUUCUCCGUUUGAUCUCUACGAAACAUUCAGGGAUAUUUUAUUAACAGCUGGUGGAGAUGCCGAUGUUUCUCCAGGUUGUCCAAGCUGUAACAGUCUGUUCGAGCCAAUCCCAAGAGAAAGAUCGUGUCAAGAUGCUUCAAUCGCACCUCAUUGGUGUGCCUGUACAGCUUUUAGAACAGCUAGUACAAAUGAUAAAAUCGUGAUCGGUGGUGUGAACAGUUUCUUAAAUCAUAUAGAAAAUAUCGUGAAGGAUUAUAAGGAUAAGAAGGGUAAAAGAUUGUGCGCGAAACUGCAACUGAAGAAAAUAUAUCGGGCCGACCAGAUGUUACAUUUUAAUGAUAAAAAUUCAACGAGCAUAGAAUAUUUCUGUAUGAUUCAGGUGACCCCAGGAAAUGGUAAAUUUGAGUUCACCGUACGAUAUAAUAGCAACGCUAGUUAUACCGUGUCGGAUCAUAACGUGAGCAGGAUUAAUCCUUAUGCUACGAGUGCCAAGUGUUUGAAUCAUGGUAUGAAACAAUAUUGCUAUUGCGUCAAGUAGCAUCAAAGAUUUCGAUUGUAAUUUUUUUCUAAUCUUGUACAUGCACAUAUGCACAUAUGUACAUAUAUACAUACAUACAUACAUACAUAUAUAUAUAUAUAUAUAUGUGUGUGUAUGUAUGUGUGUGUGUGUGCGCCAUUUUAAUCAAAUUUUCAAUAUUUAGAAGCGUUAGUAAACGUUAACGUAACAGUUACGUAAAAGGCUCAGGAAUGUACGGAGGUCAUAGAUAUUAUUAACCAAAAUUAUCGCAUGGCAAUUAAGGAAAAUGUAUGUUCAAUAUGUUUGCAAAAUACUUAAAAAAAAAAAAAGAAAAAAAAACCAAUAAUUUUCAAGUUACUUUAUGACUCGCCAAUACAACGAAAUAUGAUAUUAUAGAAUCGAAUGGAGUCCGAAUACAAGUCAAAUCGCAUGAAUGAUUUAAAUUACUUAAAGAAGACAAAUAAAACAAUCAUAAGGCUUAAUAGAUGAUAAUCGUGAAACUAAUGCUAGAAUAUCAUCGACACUUGCCAAGUUCGAAAUUCGACGAGGUCUUAAUUUAUUUCUUUUUUCGAUAGUCCUCCUUUCUAUUCUCCCCUGAAACGAAGCUUAUAAAAUCUAUUUAAAUAGUAUCAAUCGAUUGAUAAUAUUCUAAUGGCUAUGCGAUAUAGAUAAAAGAAACGUGAUAUAUCUUAUGAUAUAUGGAAAAUUUUUCGAAUUAAAUAUAUUUUCAGGACUAAUAUCUUCAAAAUGAUCACUAAUUAAUUAUUUUUUUUUCGUCUUCGAUGAAUAUUAGAUUAUUUACUUUUCAUAAAAUGCAACUUAGUCGUUGAAUGAUAAAUUGAUUCUUUCCUAUCUCUUUUCUUGUUUCUAAUAAUAUAUCUUUUUGUCGGAAACUUUGAUAACGUUAUUACGCAGUAUCAAUAUUGUCAUAGACCGAUAGCGUCACCGAUAAAUUGACGUGAAUAAUUAAUAAUUUAAAAAAGCUUUGUAUCGUGAAUACGCUAUCUUAAUAUGCUACAUAUCUUAAUAGAAAAAAAAAACAAAACAAAAAAAAAAAAAAAAUAAAAAAAAAGCAAAAA